UCCUCAGUGAAGACUCGAACUCUCUCGAUCUCUUUUCCUUUGGUGCUGCUCUCGUGAAGCGAAGCCACCGUGAGUAUGCAUCGGACGGACGCCCAGCGCGAAGGGAAGCGAGUGGGCGAUCACGUCUCCGAGAACACCAAGCCUUCGAAGCUCUCCAGAUCUUUUUCUCAAGCGGAAGCAAAGGAGAAGCCAGGCUCAGACCUUCCAAGACGCGGAGAGGAAGAAGAAGAAGAGGAAGAAGAGAAGCCUGUGAGGGUUGAACCAAACCCAAGGAUGCAAAGGUACUUGGUAGCGGUGGAGUACAUUGGCACUCGCUUCUCUGGCUCUCAGAAGCAGCCCAACUGCCGUACCGUGGUCGGCACCCUUGAGGAGGCUUUUUGUAAAUUUGUUGGACAGCCAGUUUCAAUCUAUUGUUCUAGUCGAACUGAUGCAGGAGUACAUGCUUUGUCAAAUGUAUGUCAUGUUGAUGUGGAGCGGAUAAGCAAAAGAAAGCCGGGAGAAGUGUUGCCUCCACAUGAACCGGGAGUUGUUAGACGAGCAGUCAAUCAUUUCUUACAGAAGAUUGAAGGUGAUAUAAUGGUAACAGAUGUCCGAUGUAUUCCUUCAGAUUUUCAUGCUAGAUACAAGGCUGUUGAACGCAUAUACUUCUAUCGAUUGCUUUCUGGACCCGAGCCUUUGUCAACCUUUGAGAGAGAACGUGCUUGGCAUGUGCCUGAGAAGCUGGAUGUUGAUGCUAUGAAGAAUGCAUGCAAAAUUCUUGUUGGACAUCAUGAUUUUAGUUCCUUCAGGGCUGCUGGCUGCCAGGCAAACUCUCCUAUUAGAACUCUGGAUGAACUCCAUGUUACUGAAGUUGCUUCAUUUCUAAACUUUUCAUCAACUUCUGAGAGAAGAGGUAUUGUGUGUGACGAGCCGGCUUGGUGCUCAAAUAUGUUAGAGAGUGAAUCAUCAACACAAUGUUCACAUGUUUCUUCCACGAGCAUUGGAAAGUGCAGCGCCAACAGUGAUAUAGGAUUCGGCAUGAGAACAGGACAUCGUUGCUAUGUGAUUACAGCCAGAGCACGCUCCUUUCUGUAUCACCAGGUCAGGUUGCUUGUCGGUGUUCUAAAAUGUGCGGGGACUGGGGAGUUGACUUUUAAUGACGUUGAGAGAAUUCUGAAUGCUAAAACAGUAACUGCUGCUAGUCCUAUGGCUCCUGCCUGUGGACUGUAUCUUGGGAAUGUGAAGUAUGAGCUCCCAUGAAAUUUCAAGGGAUGAAACGACUUACUUUUUGAUCUUCUGGUCACCCUACUUGCCUUGCUGCAUCAGGCUCAGCCUUUGCAGGCGUGAAUAUGCUCUUCUACUCCAAUUUUAUUCAGAGAGGCUCGUCUUCUUUGAUGUAUGGUUGUAUGAAAAGGCCCCAAGUAUUACCUUAGAUGCAUUUUCGACUUGAAUCGUUUCAGUUUACUUGAGGUGAGAUGAUCAUUGUCAGUUAUGCAGUCUCAACAAGUUCAAACGGACACAUUUUCUUGAACUUAAACUUAGUUCAAGAUUUCUAUGGCAUUUUCAAUUGCCACCUGCUUAUAAACCAAAAAAGUUUAUUUCUAUAUUUAAGUUUUGUUGAUCAUAUUUCCUUUUAAUUUAUGAAUAAUAUAAAUUGUUUGGCUAUUGGCUAUUAAGAGCUGGCACUAGUGACCUUGUUGUUAUGAUGUAUCAGGACAUUCUAUGGUUUAAGAUAUACAUUCUUGACAAGAUGUUUACAAUA